AUGGCUACGGAUAAUCGAUAUUCAUCACGUCGCCAAUAUCGUUCGGUUGCAUUCGGCACAUGGAAAGUUGGCGGUGCACGAAUGAGCAUGGAACCACCAAAAUUGGAGCAGAAGACCAAAUCACCAGAAGAAACUCCUCGAAGUGCCUAUUACAACAGCAAUACAAUACACGGGACCCCCAGAAAAAACAGUGAAGAACUGCUAACUGUAAAGAUUCGAAAAUUAGGAGAAAGUAGUCCAAAUCUGAUUCGUUUACAUCCGACCGAAACCGUCAAGUCACUAGGUGCCCUGCCAAGCUCAUUAACGAUGCCAAGCCAUCUCGGUGGUGACUGUUAUUCCAGCACAGAGUACGUCGAAUAUAAUGAACGGCAAUGUGAGGAUGACGAUUCUUGCAACGGGAAUACAAUUUCCGAGCCGAUCCAGGCUGCGUUUCGAACCGAUCGAUCUAAAUUACCCGCACACCAUCUGAGCAGCAGAAGAAGGAAUCGUCUGGAAAAUUCGCUUCAGAGAGUACAUCAAAGGUCGCACAGCGCCGGUGCAGAUGCCAGCCUUGGAGUCGUGAUACCGUGCUCAUCCGAUAUGCGUGCGCUGAAUCUGAGCAGUGCACGUGACGCUGCAGGAAAUUCGAACGCGAAAUUCCUACGAGCCACUAAACGUUUCUUCAAGAAAAUCUACUCAACAGCCACAUUACCGAAUAAAAAACCAUCGUUAGAUGCGGAUGCGAAUUUGCAAAAGGCGCCUCAGUUCUUUGAAAUUGGAUUCCGCGCACCGACGAUAACCAGCGAUGCUGAAUUUUCCCGACUAGAGGACUUCCAUAAUUACGGUCAAACAUACAUUGACACUAGUUAUCCGGAUAGUGGAUUAGACAUGGACAGGUCCUCAACUCCUGAUCAAUCGAUGGGUUCAAUGACGGUGACGUCAUCCGAUUCACGAGUGACGUCAUCGGAUUCGAGUCGUGAAGAUCGCUGUGAUGACCUAUUCGAAACAUUGCGGCGAGAAAUGCAUGCGAUGCGUGCGCGCGACGCGGCUAUACUUGCUGACUUGCAUCGCGUCGAAUCACAGAUACAAAGUGUGAAGAUGGCUCGUCUUGGGAUCUAUGACAGCUCACCACAACCGGUUAUCUCAGCAACCGAGUGCAAUUAUCAAUGGUCCCACUACCCAACUGCACCACGGUUCAGUCAUUUUCGUGCGACUAUAAGUAGUGUGGCAAAUGACCACAUGCGUGACCGAUAUACGAGACUUUAUACCUGUACGAUUGGAACAUCGAUAAAGUUGGAUCGAUCGAAUGAGCAAAGUUGCGGAUCGAAAGCAGUCAGAAGGACAGAAUCGCAUCUUCUGAGGGUCCCAAAACGCAAUACGUUCAUCAGUCGUUGCUGUUGUUUCUGGGUCAUGCUACUCUGUACGCAGGAGAUGCUUAGAUUCUGCGAACCGCCGUGA